UUGAAAUUGAAAUUGGAACCAGUGAGAGUUCGCUCUCUCAAGUCUCGACUCUCAAGUCCCAACUCAGCUCUCACCGCUCUCCUUGCAACAGAUAGAAACAGAGGAAUGGCUCCACCCAAAUCGACGAUUCGGACGAUAUCGCAGGAAGCAUUCGAUGAAUUGGUGAAGGAGAACAUGGACGAUCUUGGAAUGGACCCCACCGAGGCUCUCCAGGACGCCAUUGAAACUCUUACUCUCCAAGGCGUUGAUUUAUCUGGCAUCAUCACGUGCGUUCCAGGAGAGAGUGAGGUGAAAGAUAACCCCGUCAUACAAUGUUUGGACAGGUUAAAGAAACUGGAAUCUAGAUUGGGGGAUCAGAUCGGCGAUAGGGAUUUUGAUGAGAUGGUAGAACUGUUUGAUAAGCUUUCCGAGGUCUGUAAUGUCGAAGGAUCUGGGAAUGCAGCUAUUGCUACAAAAAAUGCCGGUGUGGAAUUGGUUUGUUCUGCAUGUUCCAAAAUACCGAAGGGAUGUGAGCACGCUCUGGUUUCAGCUUUAAAGACUUUGGCAUCAUUGCUCCACGAUGUUCAAAGCACAGGCAUAUUUCAGACCAGCAAUGGACCAAGAAUUGUAAUUGGUAUCCUAAAUGAUAACGCGCAGAACAUUGACAUCUUAAAUAGUGGUUUUGGUGUAGUGGCUUCAGCUGCAACGGGUAAUGAAAUUCUCAAGGAGUCUUUCAUGAUCUUAAAAGUUGAUGAGCUAAUUAUGGAAAUUAUGUCUAUGCAUAAGAAUGUCAUCAUCCAGAGCUUAUAUGAAGCUAUUCGUGUACUUCUAACUGCCGAUGAUAAUCGAGUAAUAGCUUCUCAAGUAUAUGGGUAUGCACGAAGAUUUGCCAAGAUUGGGAUUGCAGAAGCCCUUGUCAACUCACUACAUGCAGGACUUACCUCUCCUGGCCUUGUAUCAGCAAGCGUUGCUUUAAAAGCCGUAGCUGUAAAUGAUGAAAUAUGCAAGGCUAUUGCUGAAAAGGGAGGUAUUGAUGCCCUACUCAGAUGUAUAGAUGAUAGUGGCGAGCAUGGCAACAAAGCAGUGGCCAGAGUUUGCUGCUCCUUGCUUUCAAAGUUGGCAGGAAGUGAUAAAAACAAGAGUGCAAUUGUUGAAAAGGGAGGUAUGGAUAGGCUAAUAAAACUUUCAGCAAGGUUUGCCGAAGACCCUUCUGUCUUGCUAGAGAUUAUGUCUGUUAUCACUGUGCUUUCAUUGAGAUCGCCAGACAAUGCCGCCCGUGCCGUUGAAGCUGGAGCUGGUGACCUUGCCAUUCAAGCUAUGCAGAAGUUUUCUGCAGCACAGCAAUUGCAGAGAAAUUCCUGUUUUAUGAUCAGAAAUCUUGUAGCGAGAAACCCAGAGAACAGAACUAUUCUGCUUAAUAAUGGAGUUGAGAAAUGCAUACGCAAGGCCAAGCAAAACCAUGACAGCUGUAAGGAUGCGGCCACCGAUGCACUGAGGGAUUUGGGGCUUGAUGAUUACAACUUGUAGCUGAUACAUUUUUGUUUCGAUGUGCUCCUAUUUUUUCCGUAAGGGUCUCAACAUCAGCGUGACAUUGUGUGGCCGCCAGUAUUUUUAACAUUUCUGCUACGAUGAUAUAUGCGUUACAAAAUGCUUUGUACAAAGCUGAGGAUGAGGGUGAAGGAUGUUUUACUCACAUCAUAGAGCUGUUUGUCAGAAAUCAGAGAUCCGAUGCUUGGUUCGGUCAGCAUUUUUUA